AAUUCAGUUUCUUACUAUUUAUCUUUUAUUUGAGGUAGAUUAUAAUGCAAGAAUUCUGAAAGUGUUAGAAUUUAUUCUAAGAGAGAGUAACAUAUGCAAAGGGGGAUGUUAUCCCACAGCAGCCUCUCCUCCUGUUUUCCUUGCCCAGGAGGUGUUUUGGUCGUGGGAGUCCUGUGUAUGUUCUGGAAACACCCCCCCCACCCGAUCUCAUGAUUCCUUUUCCCUUUUGUUAAUGCUUUCGUUGCCGUAAGAUGCAGUCAUGUCCUGCUGCUUCUUUUAAUUUCCAGUGACAGUUUGCUUUGCUUCUUCUUUUUGUGCUACAAACAUAGUGGAUUUAUGGUCUGUUGGGUGCAUUAUGGGAGAAAUGGUUUGCCACAAAAUCCUCUUUCCUGGAAGGGACUAUAUCGAUCAGUGGAAUAAAGUUAUUGAACAACUAGGGACACCCUGUCCUGAAUUUAUGAAGAAGCUGCAACCAACAGUGAGGACGUAUGUGGAGAAUAGGCCUAAAUAUGCUGGCUAUAGUUUUGAAAAACUCUUUCCAGAUGUUCUCUUUCCAGUUGAUUCUGACCACAAUAAACUGAAAGCCAGCCAGGCAAGAGAUUUGUUGUCCAAAAUGCUGGUGAUCGAUGCCUCAAAAAGAAUUUCAGUGGACGAAGCUCUGCAGCACCCCUACAUCAACGUCUGGUACGACCCUUCGGAAGCUGAAGCUCCUCCUCCAAAGAUACCAGACAAGCAAUUGGAUGAAAGAGAGCACACAGUAGAAGAAUGGAAAGAACUGAUUUACAAAGAAGUUGUGGAGCUGGAGGAGAGGACCAAGAACGGAGUCAUACGUGGGCAGCCAUCUCCUUUAGGUGUAACAACAAUCCAUAGCCCUCGGCAUCCAUCUUCAUCCCCAUCAGUCUGUGACGCAUCAACUUCACUGUCCACUGACCGAACUCGGACUUCUGACACCGACAGCAGCCUGGAAGCCUCAACGAGUCCCUUAAGUUGCUGUAGAUGACAGCAAGUGGAUGUAGGAGCGAAAUGGCUAGCAACAAAAAUCAGUGGUAUUAUUUUGGGGUAUUUUUAAAAGUAAUUGUGGGAUUAAUUUUCAGAGUGCUAAUUUUAAAGUAAAAUAGUAAAUCACGAUGCUAUUCUGUAAUUAAUUGUACAGUAUGGAACUUAAUUUUUAUUGUUUUAAAAUUGCAUGCUUUACUACUGUGAUUUUUGACUUUAUUUUUUCAGGAUGCAUUUAUAAGAUAGGUUUAUUAAAUGUAAUAUUGCUAUUCAGUUUGCUUAUCACAGCUUCUUUCAAGGUCUUUCAGAUUGUUUUUUUAGAGAAUCUGUAUCAGCUGAGCCAUUUUUCAAUCUUUUAUUUCCAAUUGUUGUUACUCAUGGGAUAUCUAAUUUUAGGCUAUAGAAUAAGGCCUGGAUAAGGUCUUUGAACAAAAACGCUUCUGAAGUGCUUAUCUGGGCAACGCUACAUAAGCUGGCUGUGUCCCAAUGGACCCAGAGGGAGGAUACCCCUGGGGAGGGGGGGGGGCACGUCAGUGGUUUCAGGGGGGAGGCGGGCUGAAUGUUGCCAUCAGCCUAGCUUGCCUCCCUUGCACAAGGCCUUUAAAAUAAUCCCCUGUUUAUACCUGCAAUGUGUUCACUUCUCCACUCAUUGGUUGCAUUCAGAUUAGCACCAAUUCUAGAAACAAACAUGCUUCCACCCCCAACCCCCUUUUGACAGUUCUCCUCUCAACCUGUAGCUGAUACUUCUGGAUCUGUGGUAAAAGUAUUAUAUAUAAGUGUACUGUGUACGCUCCAGGGGGGGCUCAGCCUGUACAAUACUUUGUGAUGUUGGGUAUUAGAACAACCCAACAAAAAUCACAAAAGACAGGAGGACUGCACUAAGAUCAUGUUUUGGUUAAUUUCCUUCCAAGAAAAAAAAAUGUAGAAAUGUUGAAUAUAAUUAAAAAUUGUUCUGCUUUCUGCUGAAAUGAGUUUCAAUACAUAUCUUCGAAUAUGUAUUUCAUUUUAUUCCUCUGAUUCAAAUUCUAAGUUCAUUGUGAAUUUAAAAUUGUGAAUUUUAAAAUUGCAGAGUUUUAAGAAUUAAGCUUGUACUAUCUGCAUUGUGUAGAUAGAAGUCAUUUCUGUUUGUUUUUAUUUAUUAAAUUUGUAUGCUGCCAGUUUCACCGGACUCUUGGCAGGUUACAGUAA